GAAAGUGGAGGGGAAGUCGAUCAGACAUCACCUCACGAUGACUUGCCUUCCUUGGGUCUGGGUGCUGGUACUCCUGUCCCUGCAAGGGAUUUCUUCCCAAGUCCUAAGGGAACGUCUCACCUUGGAGGAAGGUCAGAAUCUGGAUCUCCAUUGCGUCAACAGUCAAGGCAACACCUCCGCUCUGGAAUGGAAGGACCCCAGCGGCUUUACCAUAUUUUUCAAUGACUUGCAAGUCACAAAAGAUGGAAGGUACGAACUUCUGCACUACUCCAAUGAUUCCCUGUCCAUUCGUCUUUCCAACGUAACAAGACACGAUGAGGGUUUAUUCACCUGUCUCUACUACAGCGAGAAUGUUGGGACCAAAGUAGUCAACGUUACAAUUUGGGCUCCACCUUCCAAACCUUUGUUGGAAGCAUUGAAAACCACAGUAAACCAGACAGAAGAAAAUAUGCUUUUAAGGUGUUCCACUCAGGGCAGUUGGCCCGCCCCUCAAAUCACCUGGCUGCUACAAAACGGAAUGGAAAUCUUUGGAAACAGUCAACAUCAACUGGAAGCCAAGAGGUUCCAUUCCAUAAGCAACUUGGCCAUCUACGCAUUCCCACAAGGCUGUGUCAUUUCUUGUGUGAUACACCACAAAGCCUUAGGAAGGAGGAAUUUAACUGUGACUUUGCACCUGGAACAUGGCAAACAAAAACAGAAGGCAGAAGGAACGUUUAGCAUUCCAACAUUAUCCCCAACCAGGAAAACAGAAGUUCAACAUCCUAACACCACCAACGAAUCCAAUCCAACAUUCAACAUGGGAGAAGGAAACCCAACCACGCAAACAUCAUUCCCAAGUACAGAUACAGAAGUUUGGACAAACAAUCAAACAAACGUGGCUUACAGAGGCUUUGUGGAGGAACAAGCCCACAUUUUGUUCCCGGGCCUUGUGUCCAUUCUCCUGCUUGUUCUCUUGAUCAUGGUCCUUCUCUUUGUGAUGAAGCUGUGGAAAGCACACAGCGUCUGGAAAAAAGAAAAUAAUAAUGCUUCUGAACAACCCAUUGAGAGCUACAGGCCUAAAGCAAGCAAAGCCCUUGGCGGACUCGAGAAGAAUCUAUGUGUGAUGCCCUGGAGGAACAGCGAGAAGUAUACCGUCCAAGAAUCACGUGCCAGGACGCCAAAACCUUCCGAAGGAAGUCAGGACUCUUCGGUCUUCGAAAAAGAAUUGUCCCACUUUAAAGAAACAGAUAUGUAACACUAAGGACAAUGUUGUGCUGUGCUUAACGGCAAGAACCACCUUCUCUUCCCAUUUUUCUUCCUGCGCUGACCCUUUCUUGCAAAAAAAAUAAAAUAAAUUAUCUUCAAAAAUCCAGAUUUUGGAGAGGAUUUUGGAUCUCUUAGACCAAGAUACAUCUCAGAACAAUACUGCAAAUAAAGCGAUAACCACGCGAUAAAGGCCCUUGGGAAUCUGUGCCAGUUGUUAUUUAGCAGUGAAAUUCCUUGUGUGUGGACUUAAAUGAUUUUGGGAUGUUGUUAGUGGCGAAGUCGUGUCCCACUCAUUGUGACCCCAUGGACAACGUUCCUCCAGGCCUUCCUGUCCUCUCCCAUCCUUUGGAGUCCAUAUAAGUUCACACCGACUGCAAAGACAGGGCUAUUGUUAUUUUCAUUGGUUUUAUCCACAAA